AUGAUAUCUAAGCCAAAGGUUCUCCUGCUCGGCGGAAUUGUCCAUGCCCAUAAAACCUGGGAAUCUCUCGGCGAGAUUGCCGAACUCGUUACUCCAACAGCUACCAACCGCGCCGAGUUUAUCGAAGAAUGCAAGUCCGGUAAACUAGACGGCGUAGUCGUCGCAUACAGAACUUUUGACUCUGCCACCAUCACUGGCUUGAUUGAUGGGGAACUAGUAAACGCACUCCCCAGCUCAAUGCUGUUCCUUGCUCAUUGCGGAGCCGGCUAUGACCAAAUUGACGUCCACGCCUGCACCGCACGCAACCCUCCACUCCGCGUCUCUAAUGUCCCCACCGCCGUCGAUGACGCCACCGCAGAUGUAAACAUGUUCCUGAUCAUUGGUGCCUUGCGUAACUUCAACGCCGGCAUUCUGGGCCUCCGAGAGGGCAACUGGCGCGACCAGCCUGCCCUUGCUCUCGGCCACGACCCCGAGGGCAAAGUCCUCGGAAUCCUGGGUAUGGGUGGAAUUGGCCGUAACCUGAAGAAGAAGGCCGAGGCCUUCGGAAUGAAAGUCAUCUAUCAUAACCGGAGACAGCUGAGUGAGGAGCUUUCCGCGGGGGCGCAGUACGUCACCUUUGAUGAGCUGCUGGCAACGAGCGAUGUGAUUAGUUUGAAUUUGCCAUUGAACAAACAUACCCGUCACAUCAUUGGAAAGCCUGAAUUCGAAAAGAUGAAGACUGGUGUGGUGGUUGUCAACACGGCCCGUGGCGCAGUCAUGGAUGAAGACGCUCUCGUUCAAGCACUCGACAGUGGAAAGGUCUACUCUGCUGGUCUGGAUGUCUACGAGGAAGAACCCAAGGUCCAUCCCGGUCUUAUCCGCAACCCCAACGUAGUGCUGGUUCCACAUAUGGGGACCUGGACUGUCGAGACACAAACCGCCAUGGAAGAGUGGGCCAUUGAGAAUGUACGCUUGGCUGUGGAGACGGGCAAGCUGAAGAGCCCUGUCUUUGAACAGGCAGAUCUAUGAUUUCUACGUUCUAAUGGCGAAUAAAGAAUACGACCUUGGAUUUUACGAUAUAACCGUGUUUGAUAAAAUUUAUUGGAUAUAUAUAAUCGUCUGGGAACGGUGGAUAUGUAUGUACAUAGAUUCGAUUCAUCAACUAUUUUUUUUUUUUUUUAGGUUACCAUCAAGGCAAGACGAGGAGCUACUGUAAAGUAAAAGCAGAAAGAAGGAUGUAAGAAAAUGAAAAUAUGUAAGUAGAAUUGAAACCGAUGUUAAGAUAAAAGGCAGCCGGAACGCCAUCGUACUGCCAUGUCCCAGCUGCAGACAGAACUGAAUUAAAAUGAACUCCUGAGCCAUGAAUAUCUUCCCGCAAAGACAAUCCAAAUAAACGGGGAAGGAUGUGAUAUCGAACAUAGGGUAAAUAGAUUCCACCUGCCGCGCAGGGGAUCAGCAAACACAAGCGGAAAAAGAAAUAGUCUAGUAAUCAAAUCAUCAUCACGAUAGAAGCCUGCCAGCGCG